GUCCUCGACCCCCAUCUCCUCCUGCAUGCCUUUUGGCGAAGUCGUGUGCGGCUCUCCCGGGAGCGGAAAAUCGACGUACUGCUAUGGCAAACAUCAGCUCUUCACUGCUUUGAAACGCCCCAUCUCCAUCGUGAACCUUGACCCCGCCAACGAGACCAUACCUUAUCCCUGCGCAAUUGACAUAUCUUCUCUGAUAACCCUUCAAGAUGUGAUGGAUGAGCACGGCCUUGGUCCGAAUGGCGGCCUCUUGUACUGCAUGGAAUACCUGGAGGCCAACUUUGACUGGCUGGAGGAACGGCUGCAGGCGCUGGGGAAAGACGCUUAUGUCCUCUUCGACUUGCCGGGUCAAGUCGAGCUCAGCACAAAUCAUGAUAGCGUGAAGAAUAUCAUUGGCAAGCUGGCAAAAGCGGGCUUCAGAUUGGCCGCGGUGCACCUUUGCGAUGCGCACUAUGUGACAGACGCGUCAAAAUACGUGUCCGUGCUGCUCCUAUCAUUGCGGACCAUGCUUCACCUGGAAUUGCCGCAUAUCAACGUCUUGUCGAAGGUCGACUUGCUGGCUCAGUAUGGCGAACUUGACUUCAAUCUUGACUUCUACACGGAGGUACAGGAUCUGACCUACCUGGAAAAUUCGCUUUCGGCGUCUUCACCACCACGAUUUGCGUCCAUGAACAUGGCCAUCAUUUCCUUGAUUGAGGACUACAGCCUUGUCGGCUUCGAGACGCUCGCAGUUGAGGACAAAAACUCGAUGAUGCACCUAUCGAGAGCAAUAGACCGUGCGACAGGAUAUGUCUACGUCCCGCCAACCGCCGGUCAGGCAGGUCAGCAACCUCCAGGGACUGUCGACAUGUCGGGCGCACCAAUCACCCAACAACCUAACACGUACGCCUUGAUGUCCGCUGCCGCGGGCCCCAUGAAGGGGCCACUCAGCGACGUCCGCGACGUGCAGGAGCGAUGGAUAGAUGCACGGGAAGAGUAUGACGAGUAUGAGAAGGAGCAGUGGCAGAAAGAGGGCGAAAUGGUGCGCGAGGAGGCAACGCGGGCAGGCCAGGUGCGGGAGCGGAAUUCUGGCGGGCAUAAUCGAGGAGUACAGCGGCCAUAG